GGCCCAGAGACCACGCGUGACUGGGAGGAAGAGGCAGCCACCGGCCCUCUUGUUACCGGCCCUCUUGUUACAAUGAUGUCUGAUCCUUGAUUGGGGAUGGAGUGUCCCCUCCUCCUCCUGCCACCACCCACCUCAGACUUCCUCCUUCACUUGCUUGGACGCCACACCACAUCCACUGGCCCCUGGACCGUCCGGCAGUGUCACGAUAUCAUGGGGGGCCUGGAACCCUCCUGGCGGCUUCUGCUCCUUCCUCUCCUUCUGACUGUGGCUGGUCUCAGUCCUGUCCAGGCUCAGAGUGGAUGCAACUGCUCCCCCAUAAGCCCCGGCGUGCUGGCCGGGAUCGUGCUGGGCGACCUGGUGCUGACCCUGCUCAUCGCCCUGGCUGUGUACUCUCUAGGCCGCCUGGUCCCUCGGGGACGAAAGACUUCCCAGGGAGCUCCAAGGUACCAGGUCAGAUGUCUACAGCGACCUCAACACACAGCGGCAGCCGUAUUACAAAUGAGUCCAAAUUACAUCUGUCAACAACCUGAUGCCUGGAUCCAUCCAUUUCUGAUGCCCACAAAGCCCAUCAUUUAUACUCCUACCGGGAUGCAGAUCCAGAGUGCCCUCCCUGAGCUACCAGACCUCUCCUCCGUAUUGUCCCCAAAUAAACAAUGGAGCACAGAAGCAAAACACUGUUAUGUCUGAUCCCUGGGCUGAGGAACUGGGGCUAUGCGGGGUCCCGAGGGAUCUUUGGUCUAGAAACAGCUAAACGGGAGGAAGGCUUUGAGAACCCUGAAGUUCUCUGAAUUAGAAUAAAACUAGAGAAUUUUAA